AUGAUUUUUCUUUUCGUCUCUGGCCUUGCGGCUCUGCUCGCCUCGGUCUCUGCUGUGCCCUCUCCUUUGGUUGGAAAAGGAGGAGGAAAUGGUGUUCACCUUCCGAUUCGACGGUCAGUAGCGGGCGGGCUGGAGAGGCGUGCAUUUACCGGAAAGACUGGGCUCGGCGACGACGCGGACGUUACAUACAACGUUAUGGUCAAAGUAGGAUCCGUCGAAACGCCUGUAGUACUAGACACCGGCUCCUCCGACCUCUGGAUCCUCUCCGACGCCUGUUCAAACUGCUCCUCCACCGCCUCCAUCCCGCUCUACCCGACCUCCUCCUUCCAAAACUCCGGCCUCUCCGUUCAACUCCUCUACGGCGACUCGCAAACCGGGACGCACGCGGACGGGCCCAUUGGGAAAGACACCGCGGGCGUAGCGGGAUUGACGCUCGACGGGCAGUAUUUCGCCGCGAUUUCGGAUACGAAUACGAGCGUGCUUGAAACGGGGUCGGCGGGAAUCUUUGGGCUUGGGUUUCCGAUUAAUAGCGUCAUCUUCAACACACUACUUCAGAAAUCCUCUCCGACCUCUUCCAACCGCCGUUCCGACCUCUCCCUCCCUCCCUUCAUCCGCUCCCGUUCCCCCUCCUUCUCAACCCGCAUCUUCCCCUCCUUCUCCUUCCUCAAAACUCCUCCGCCUCCCUCCCUCCCCUCCCUCUCAUCCCGUGCACCAUCCAUCUCAGUCCCCGACGUCCUCGCCGGCUUCACCACCUACGGCCCCCUCAUCCCCCGCCUCGCACUCACAAACUCCAUCCCCUCCCCCCUCAUCACCAUCACGCUCCAGCGCGACGCGUUUGACAUCGGUGGUAAUGCGGGGAUGUUGAGUAUUGGGGAACUGCCCGGGGGUGUGGACCCGAGUGCAGUAAGUUGGGUGCCGGUGAGGGGGUAUAAUAAAGAGGAAGGGGGGUUGCCGGGGCCGGGGGAUUCGCCUGGGGAGGUAUAUCCGCUUACGUGGGAAGUAUUCCUGGACGACGUAUAUUUCGAUGGACAGAAACUCCCCCGGUCAAACCUUUCCUCUUCGAACAUAUCGCUCUCUGCGCUCAUCGAUACCGGCAACUCACUCAUUCGCGGUCCUUCCGAUGUCCUUUCUACUAUCGCUUCCAUGAUCUCUUCUUCUUCCUCCGACGCGAACGCGAAUGCGAAUACGAACACGGUGACCUAUCCCUGCUCCGAGCCACACACACUCGCGUUUGAGAUUGGGGGGAGGAUGUUUCCUGUCGAUCCGAGAGAUUUCGGAACCCAGGUCUCCUCAUCCUCAUCCUCCUCCUCCUCCUCUUCGGGGGACGACGGCGGUGAUGGCGAUGACGGCGAUGACGAGGAUGGAGACGGAAGCGAACCGACGUGUUCGUUCAAUUUGGCGGUGACGGACCCGCCGGGGAGCGGUGGGUUUUUGUAUAGCUGGAGUUUGGGCGAUCCGUUUUUGAAAUCCGCGCUCGUAUCGUUCUACUACGGUAACCUGACCUAUCCGUCGCAGGAUCAGCCCCGCGUAGGAUUAUUAUCUACCGUUCCGGAGGACGCGAACGAGGAGUUGGAAGACGCGGUGAAGGAGGCUGAGGAGGCUGGGCGAGGGCUUCCUGAAAUUACGCAGUCGGCACCGACGGGCACUGCGGACGCGGCAUCUACGAACUCACUCGGCGUCGCCCAAGCUACUGCAUCUGCUUCUUCGUCCGGCGGUGGUUCCGGGAGUACGAGUGGGGGAGUGAGUUUGAGGAUCGGAUUUGGUGGUGGGGGAAUGGGUGGCGGGAUAUGGGAGGCGGUGGGAUGGGGGGUUGGGAUGGGAUAUGUUUUAGGGAUGAUGGGGUGGGUUUGA